GCAGAGAGCAGUCCAGUAGCGGGAGCCUCUGCCGCAGCACUACGGCUCCUCUGGGCGGACGCUUCCAAUCUAAUCGCCGCCUCUCCUUCUCCAGCUAUAGCGGGACACAUUUCUGUCGUAGCUUUUUUUUUUUUUCUUUUCUGCAUAUGAGCGCCAGACCAACCUUCGGGACCCUAGCGGGACGGUAAGGCUGCGUCUAAGAAGUGCGAAGACGGCAUGGGAAGCACCGUGUUACCCAGAGGAGCGAUGGUUUGGCCAAAAUAAGCCCGUCUUUCUGUCGCCAGAGAGGGAAACUUAAAACAAGUCCUGUUUUUGGAGUCCCACCGCCCCUCCGCUCUCCCCGUAGGAUUUGAUUCAAAGGCGAAUCCAAGAUGGCUGCUGAUUCCGUGCAGGGGGAUGCCAGGGCCCAGUUGGUGGCAGAGCGACUCGGUCUUGGACACAACCUGGACCUGUCUGACACCAUGGUCCAGCAGAAGCUGGAUGAGAUCAAGGAGCAGAUCCGCCGUGAGAUACGCAAAGAAUUAAAGAUCAAAGAAGGUGCAGAGAACCUGCGCAAGGUCACCACAGACAAGAAGAGCCUGGCUUAUGUGGACAAUAUGCUGAAAAAAUCUAACAAGAAGGUGGAGGAGCUUCAUCAGGAGCUACAAGAACUAAACGCUCAUAUUGUGGUCAAAGACCCAGAAGAGCUAUCAGAGUGCCCUUUAACCCCAGAUACUCCAAGCAGUGAAGCAAGAACGUGCACAAGCAACAGCCGCCUGGCAGCAUUAAAACGGCAGAAUGACAUUGAGCUGAAGGUGAAGCAGGGUGCCGAGAACAUGAUUCAGAUGUACUCCAACGGCUCCUCCAAGGAUCGCAAGUUACUCGCAGCUGCUCAGCAGAUGCUUCAAGACAGCAAGACAAAGAUUGAGUUCAUCAGGAUGCAGAUCCUUAAGGCCAGUCAGGCCACUGAACUGAGCUUUGAGAGCAAUGACAUGAUGGACAAGUCCAUCAUCAGUCCUUUAGACCUGCGGGUGGAGGAGCUGUGUCACCAUGCCAGGAUAGAGUCUGCAGUGGCAGAGGGAGCCAAGAACGUCAUGAAACUUCUGGGCUCUGGAAAAGUCACAGAAAAGAAAGCUCACUCAGAGGCUCAGGCUCGCUUUACUGAGUCCAGUCAAAAGCUCGACCUUCUGCGUUAUUCGUUGGAACAGCGUCUCAGCGAGUUGCCAAAAAAUCACCCCCGCAGCAGCGCCAUCAUAGAAGAGCUGUCUCUGAUGUCCUCUCCAGCCCUUAGCCCCAGGUCCAGCAUCAUCUCCACGCAGAACCAGUACAGCACCGUAACCAAGCCUGCAGCACUUACAGGCACAUUAGAUGUCAGACUCAUGGGCUGCCAAGACCUUCUGGAAAAUGUCCCCGGCCGUUCCAAAGCAGCCCCGAGCCCACUGCCUGGCUGGAGCCCCAGCGAGACGCGCUCAUCCUUCAUUAGCCGUGCAAACAGAAACCGAGGUGUGAGCUCCAGGAACCUAACAAAGAGUGAAGAGCUUUCCAAUGAGAUCAGCGCUGUCCUGAAGUUGGACAACACCGUGGUUGGACAGACGAGCUGGAGGCCCGUCAGCAACCAGGCCUGGGAUCAGAAGUUUACACUGGAGCUGGAUCGGUCUCGAGAGCUGGAGAUCUCUGUGUACUGGCGCGACUGGCGUUCACUCUGUGCUGUCAAGUUCCUGAGGCUGGAGGACUUCCUGGACAACCAGCGUCAUGGAAUGUGUCUGUACCUGGAGCCACAAGGGAUGCUGUUUGCCGAGGUGACAUUUUUCAAUCCGGUUAUUGAGAGAAGACCAAAGCUGCAAAGACAAAAGAAGAUUUUCUCUAAACAACAGGGUAAGACCUUCCCACGAGCCCCCCAGAUGAACAUCAACAUCGCCACCUGGGGUCGGCUGAUGAGAAGAGCCAUACCCAACCUCAGCACCAACUCUUUCAGCCCCCAAGCUCCUGAGAUGGGACACGGCAGCCUGCCUGGCUCCCCCACACCUAGCAGCUAUCCGCUGGUGACCAAGCUGGAUUUUGACAAAGAACCCACACCAGGACCCAAACAUUACGCAGCACCUGAUGAUGUUAGAGAACCACCUGCACAGAAUAAGAUGCCCAACAAGGACGAUGUGGAGAAUGCACUAAGUGAAUUCAACUUCCUCAACAAGAGAAUUAGCACAGUCCUAGAACCGGACUCAGAUGGGGUGCUGGAGCCAGAGUUCCAACAUCCAGACCUGGAGCUCACGUCCAUCCAGAAGCAUACAGAGAUAAGGGAGGAAGAGCAGUUCCACUUCAGUCUCCAAGAUUUUAAAUGUGUGGCAGUCCUUGGACGUGGUCACUUUGGAAAGGUGUUGUUAUCUGAAUACAAAAGCACAGGCGAGAUGUUUGCCAUUAAAGCUUUGAAGAAAGGAGACAUUGUGGCUCGAGAUGAGGUUGACAGUCUGAUGUGCGAGAAGAGGAUUUUUGAAACUGUCAACAGUGUCCGCCACCCCUUCCUGGUCAACCUGUUUGCCUGUUUCCAGACGUCGGAACAUGUUUGUUUUGUGAUGGAGUACGCAGCGGGAGGUGACCUGAUGAUGCACAUCCACGCUGACGUGUUCGCUGAGCCCCGCGCCGUGUUUUAUGCAGCAUGUGUUGUUUUGGGAUUACAGUUUUUACAUGACCACAAGAUUGUGUACAGAGAUCUGAAGCUGGAUAAUCUGCUCCUGGACACGGAGGGAUAUGUGAAGAUUGCUGACUUUGGGCUUUGCAAGGAAGGAAUGGGUUUCAGGGACCGCACAAGCACGUUUUGUGGCACGCCAGAGUUUUUAGCUCCAGAGGUUUUAACAGAAACGUCGUAUACUCGCGCUGUGGACUGGUGGGGACUGGGUGUCCUUAUCUUUGAGAUGCUGGUCGGGGAGUCUCCAUUUCCUGGUGACGAUGAGGAGGAGGUGUUCGACAGCAUUGUCAACGAUGAAGUUCGCUACCCACGGUUCCUUUCCACCGAGGCCAUCUCCAUCAUGAGGAGGCUUUUGAGGAGGAGCCCAGAGCGACGCCUGGGAGCAGGAGAAAGGGAUGCAGAGGAAGUUAAGAAGCAUCUAUUCUUCAGGACCAUGGAUUGGGACGGGUUGUUGGGCAAGAAGGUGAAGCCGCCGUUUGUGCCGACCAUCCAGGGCGCCAACGACGUCAGCAACUUUGAUGAUGAAUUUACAUCAGAGGCGCCGAUCUUAACCCCACCCAGAGAACCCCGAAUUCUGAGCUCAGACGAGCAGAACCUGUUUUCUGACUUUGAUUACAUUGCUGACUGGUGUUAGCUAGAUCAUCACACACCCACACACACUGUGAACUAAACUGCUCAGCAAUGACUGGAGCUCACUUUUUAAAAACCAUCUGUCCUCCCUUCCCAAAAUGUUGAGAACAAUGCUUCUGGCUCCCUGAGCCUUCAAACAAACUGUGCCAUUGAGAAGAAAAUCUAGAUGACUUCUACAAGGACCUCAGUAUUUUUUUUAAAUCCACGAGAUCUUUUUUUAAACAGCAAAAAAAAGAAAUUGAAUGGAGUUGUGUUGGAUCGCAUUUGGAGAGAUAUCCUGCACAGAUCGCCGUCGUCUCCCGUUGACUGACCACUGAGAAUGUUUUACACAUGGACUGAGAAGACGGCACCAUUACAAUCAUAUUAUUCAGUGUUGCUGUCUUCAGAUGUUUUUUUUAAACGUGUACAGAUUAUAUUCAGUCACAUAUUUUAUGUGCUAUUUUAUGUGCUCUUGUAAAGCCCUCAGUUUGGAUCAUAUCUGAAACUGGUGUUCAGUGUAAGCUUCGUCACUGAAUGGUCAGCUACAGAAAACAUCUUGACUACUACAGCUGCUUCCUGACUUGAAAGACCAUGAGAGUCCGUUCAAUACAUUUCCCCUCUGGCUUCCACACGACAAAGGAAAGAGCAGCUCAACCAGUGACUUCCACCUACUUUGAAAAAAUAAAAAAUGAAAUGUCAUUACUUUAAAUGCUUUAAUUAGAAGAAAUAUUAGAAAGCAUUAUCUUUUGAAGCCUCCUAGAAACUCUGUACCCACUAGGAGGUGCCACCACAGACAGGGAAAUCAUGAUCAAUUAAAAAUUCAGCAAAGCUAAAUUUGUACUGCUGUUUGGUAUUACAGCAUGUUGUAUUACCAGCUAGUUGUGACCUUUCCUAAUACCUCAGUGAAAUCAGCACACCAAAACUGACAAGUUUUUCCCCUUAUUUUGGGGAAAAAUGGUAACACUACAUCCAGUUGAUGUGAAAACGCCAUUAAAGCAACUGCUUCCUACAUAAAUUUGAUUGGAUUUUUCCAGCUGACUUCCUUUCAGUUUGCAUGUUAAAUAUGACUGAUUCAAUGUUUCAGACCUGCUUAUGAAUCACUACAUGGGGGCAGGGGGUUUAUUAUAUGCAUACUGUAUGUACACAGGUAAGCUGAAAGCACUAAUUUUAUCAAUAGUUUAUCUACAUUUCUUAACUAUGGAAAUAGAUUGUACAAAGUGUUUAUGUGCUUGUGCAUGUUUCCAGAACAGGUAUAAACUGUAUGGAUGGUACAAAUGACCCAAAUCACAACUUAUUCAUCCUGGUGUAAAAUGUAAAAAAAAAAAAGAGGCAUCUUUGCAGUCACUGUUAACUAUCAUGAAUGCACAGAUUAAACAUUUGUAAUAUUG